AUGCACAACCUGUUAUCAGACAGACUGGUGUAUACUCCGGAAAGCAUCUACAAGGAACUCUUCUCACAACAUAAAGGACUCAGAGACCUAAUUAAUAGAGAAAUGCGCCCUGUCUCUCAAGGGAUCUUGAUUUUUUCUCAAAGCUGGGCUGUGGAUUUGGGUCUGAAAGCGAAUCAGAAUGUCGUCUGUGAUGCCCUUCUGAUUUCCCAGAACAACACUCCCAUCCUUUACACCGACUUCAGGAGGUGGGAUGUGUGGUGCAGGGGCUAUUCUGUGAAGCUUGCCCGUUCCUUGAAGCAGAGGCUGGUGGACACAGGGGGCUACACUGGCAGAGUGGGCAUUGCUCCCUUGUUCUUCCUGCUGAAUCCUGCUGGAACGUCAGUGAGCCAUCAGAAUUCAGAAGCACAAUUUUACCCUGAAUCCUACAAUGUUACCACCAUCCAGCACCUGGAAUCUCUGUUACAGUCCCUUGUGAUCGUCCUGCUUGGCUUCAAAUCCUCUUUAAGUGAAGAGCUGGGCUCUGAGAUUUGGAACGUGCUCACGGAUCAACAGUAUGAGUUGCUUUCAAAGAACCUUCACAAGACCAGAGAGCUGUUUGUUCACGGCUUACCUGGGUCAGGGAAGACCAUCGUGGCUCUGAAGAUCAUGCAGAAGAUCAGGAAUGUGUUUGAUUGUCAACCAGGUGACAUUCUCUACAUCUGUGAGAACCACCCCCUGAAGAAAUUUGUGAGCAAUAAAAGUAUGUGCAAGGCAGUGACCCGGAAAACCUUCAUGAAACAUGACUUUGAAGAGAUUCAACACAUCAUCGUGGAUGAAGCUCAGAAUUUCCGCACCGAAGAUGGGGACUGGUAUAGGAAGGUCAAAACCAUCACUCAGAGAAGAGAGGGUGGUCCAGGAAUUCUCUGGAUUUUUCUAGACUACUUUCAGACCAACCACUUGAGUUGCAGUGGCCUCCCUGCUCUCUCAGACCAGUUUCCAAGAGCAGAGCUCACCAGCGUGGUCCGCCAUGCAGAUGAAAUAGCCCAAUACCUACAAGCAGUGAUGCACGAGGUCAGAGAAAAUCCUCCACCUAAUGUCCCCGCUGAGUCCCUGGUGAUGCUCCACGAACCUACCUGGGCUCAGGGUGUUCCAGGCAAUGUAGAAACUGUUGAGUACUUGGGCUUGGAGGAGACUGUGGUCUACGUGGCAGAGAAGUGCCAGCUUCUCUGGAGGAAUGGUUACUUUCCCAGGGAUGUUGCUCUGCUUUUCGCCAAAGCAACCGAAGUAGAAAAAAAUAAAGAUAAAAUUCUAAUGGCGAUGAGGAAGAGAAAGAUGUCUCAGCUCAACGGGGAAGUGGAUCCAUUCGUCCAGAUCAGGGAUGCAUUGGGUGUUCUGAGUGAUGACAUUGUGUUGGACAGCGUCCAUCGAUUUUCAGGCCUGGAAAGAAACAUCGUGUUUGGGAUCAUUCCACAGGCUACUGAGCCAGCCAUUUUCAACAAUCUUCUGUUCUGUCUGGCUUCCAGGGCGAGGAAGCAUUUGUAUGUUCUAAGGGUUUUUAACUGACAGGAAGAUGUCAGUCUUCAGUUAGUAGAUCUCACGGCUAGUUGACCGUGAAACUACUUGAUCUGAGCAUGGAAGCGUCAGACAUUUAAGAAGCUCUUACUCAUUCAGGCAUGUGUCCUUGUAGGUAUUGGAGGCUGGGGGUUGUGUGGCAAAUAAGACCCAUAAAAUUCUUCCUUGGGGCAGGCAGUAAACAAAUACAGGUACAAGGAAUUUCAGACAGAAAUACGGGAUAUCAGAGAGAGGACCCUGAGACCCAGAGAUUGUGCAUUUGUGUGUGUGGAGGGAGGGGUUGGAUAUUCAUGUUCGGGAAGUUCUCAGUGAGAGAAGAAGCCAUCAUGGGAAGACCUCUAAUCCGUAUGUCCCAGACAGAGUCGGGGAUUAUUUUUAGCACAAUCAUGUGCAGAAAUGCUUAAGUAUGGUGUGCAAGGAAAGUGAAGGAUGGAGAGGGACGAUGUGUCUGGCAUUGUGGAGGCUGGGAAUGGGCAGAGCGUUUCCCCAUGUAAGAUCACAAGCCACAAAGAAUCAUUUUGACUGCAUGU